CUGUCUGUCGCGGCACACUUACGACACGACGUACACAAUACUAGUACACACAUUGGCCGGCCGUCCAUCCAUCCACACCGGCCGGUGUCUCCUUGCCGCUGUGCCGCCCUCAUCCUUGCUUCACCUCCCUCAGCAGAUCAGCCACGAACGGUGGAAGCAGCCACCGCCCACAGUCGAUCCACUGAACGAUUCUCAGCAAGAAUGAGGCACUGCACUGCAUGACAACAUCCACCUCGUUGGCAGCAGAAGAACGGGAUGGGAGGAGAAAAACAUCACACACACAUCUGUUUUGGGUGCGCGCUGUCUGGCUGUCCCACUUCUAUCAGCCGGCCUGACACCUUUGCUCAUCAAUGCCUCGACACAUCGACGAACACAGGUGCACGUCGUGCAGACGAGAUGGGAGCACCCAGACGCAUGAACACCCAACAUCAGAUCACCCGACGGACAGGCAGACAAGCUCAGCCAGCCCCUCACUUUCACACGCCAGACACACACAACAGACAGACCACUGCGUACUCACCACCCACCAUACGCACACGCACACGAGCAAAAUCGCCCGUCGUGCACUGUGUUGUUGAAACACGCCUAGGCGGGUGAGUGUCCCCCCACCCUCCCUCCCAAGUUCCCUUCCCCAUCCCUUGUGUGUGUGUGGUGGGAGGGGUGUGGUUACUCGAACACCCAUCCGGGUACGACGUAUGAUCUGUUUGUGGCGGCCUUGGGCGUGUGGUAGGCGCCACGCAUGUCGCCUACUAUCAGAUGCUCAUACCUACAGACACACACAUUACACAGCACACCAAUGCGUGCCGGGCGGCCCCCCGCAGGUGAUGCGGCUCUUUCCCUACUGUUUGUCGGUCAGCUCGCCCCGCUUCCACUUCUGUGUGCAGCAGAACUUGAACCACGGACCUGACACAUACACACAGGCAAACACACACACACGGCUCACUGCCUUGCACCCAGCCCUUGCUGCACUGUCUGUUGUGUGUGCCAGCCAGCUUCCCGACUCCGCCCACCAGGGUUGUUCGGCAGCAUGGUGUACUCCGGUGGGUGGCACCACACCAUGAUCCAGCACUGAUUGAUGCCAACACACGCACACCACAGACAAACAGACAAACAGACAGAUCACGCGACGAAGCCCCAUCGUUGUGCUCUGCGCUGUUGCCGUCUUGGCUGCCGUGCUGUGCUGUGCUGUUGGUGUGCCGUUGGUGUGGCUUUGUCCUUACCCAUCCCACCGUGAACCAUCCGAGGCACCAUCUGUUUUGGAAGACCACCUUGUCGCGGGUCAAGCCCGGAAAGUACUUCCAGAAGAAAUCCGCCGGUAAGACCAUGGCGGCGGGCAACCUCCUCCCGCCUCUUUCUCCCUCUCUUCGCAAAGUGAGCG